AGCCGGAAAUUGAUCACCCGAAAGCCUCUUUGCGCAGGCGCGGCCGCCUUUCUUCCUUUCCGACACUCGAGCGAAAAGAGACAAGAUGGGCCAUCAGCAGCUCUAUUGGAGUCACCCCAGAAAAUUCGGACAGGGAUCCCGCUCCUGCCGAGUGUGCUCAAACAGACACGGCUUGAUCCGUAAAUACGGGAUCAACAUGUGCCGCCAGUGCUUUAGGCAGUACGCUAAAGACAUCGGCUUUGUUAAGCUGGACUAGAUGUCUUGUGCAGUUGUCCUCUUGGAUGGGUCAAGUUGUCUUUGGAAGGCUGGCCGUGAUGGGAUAAUGCAGCACUGCAAAUAAAUGUUAUUUCUUUUGUCCAA